UGAUUGCUCGAGAUGACCCCGAGCCAUAAGCCAUAGACGUGGAUUGAAAGGGCCUUGCCUCGUUGGAGCUGGGCUAGAGCGGCCUGAGAGAUCCGCCGUGCAGAGAAGUCGCGUUUGCCGACCAUGGCGGCGGUGGCACAAGGCAAGGCUGCCUACAAGAAGAAAGAUGGCCUCAUCACACUUUCUGAUGACCAGAAAUCGGUCACCUGGACCCCUCUACCGGGCACUGGGCCGCCAGUCGUCUCGCUGACCGUACUGAACAUCACCAAUCUCCAGCAAACACCGGACAGCUCACCUAAGGUCAUGCUGAAGAUAUUUGAGAAACCCCAAUCCGGAGAGGGGGAGCCAGUCGCGUACCUCUUCCACUUCAACUCUCCGUUCGAUGCCAGGGCAGAGGCAAAUGCCGUGAAGGAUGCCCUGUCCAGACUCCUCGCCGACAUCCGCAACAAUGACCCAAACUUGCCAAGGGCGUCACAGCCAGACCCAAAAGCGGCGGAACCAGGCCAGUCGGCGACCAACGGUGGUGGCCAAUCUGCGGCCAUGGCCUUCGCCAGCACCGCAAACUCGACCACGUCUUCGACUAGGUGGUUUGACGACAGCGUGUUGAAAACAGACAUUGAGCUGCAGCAAUCCCUCAUGAAGAAAGAUCGAGCGCUCCACCAAACUUAUAUGGAUGCCAGGGCAACAAAACCCGAUUCAAUCUCGGAUGGGGCUUUCAAUUCGCAAUUUUGGUCGACAAGAACGAACCUCCUCCGUUCCCAUGCGAUUGAGACGAGCCAGAAGAAGGGAUCGUACAAUGUGCUAUCCACUGUCAAGCCACGUACGGUUGAUGGCGAGCUCAAGCUCAAUAUCACUGUUGAGCAGGUUCAGAUGAUCUUCCAGCAACAUCCGUUGGUCAAGAGGAUCUACAACGAGAACGUUCCCAAGCUUUCUGAGAGCGAGUUUUGGUCACGCUUCUUCCUGAGCAAGCUCUCCAAGAAGCUCAGAGGGGAACGGGUCACGGACAACGACAACCCGGAUUCCGUCUUCGACAGAUACAACGAGGCCGACAACAUAGUUGCCUUUGCGAGUAGGAUCAAUACGCAGGUAGUGCCUCAUACGAUCGAUCUCGAGGGCAAUGAGGAGAACCAAGGGGGCGUCAAGAGUGGAAACCGGAGUGAUGUGGAGAUGCGGCCUCGGUCCAACAUUCCCAUUAUUAGAUCGCUGAACAGCUUGAGCGAGAAGAUCAUGGCCAACGUUGCGCCGGCCGACCAUGACCCUGUUAGGGCUAGCGGCAUGGACGAACAAACCUACAACGAACUCAUGCUUCGUGACCUUCGCGGCAACGUGGAAGCCAGCCGCAUAGCCCUUAACGUCAAGGAGCAGAGCAGGUUCUUUUCGACCCAGGAUUCGAACAAGUCCGAGGAUGCGAAGGUAUACGAGAAGCAAGUCCCAUCCGACGUCCUCUUUGAGAUCCAAGGGGACCUUGAGACGCUAGACGAAGAUGGCGCUGGUGGGCUCGAUCUCCACCGAGGCAUUGGCAUCGACGACGAGAGCGAUAGCGACGAGGAGACAAAGCGAGAUCACGUCGGGUCGCGAACGGCGAGGAGAGAAGCCCAAACUCAGAUCUUAGGAGGCAUGAAGAAGAAGCGCGCAGAGACAUACGGCCUAAGCGAUGACGAGACAUCGCCGAUGGGGAUUCCACGUCCUAUCACGCAGCGUUGUUAUAUCACCAAUGCCACGACCACCGAGUUCCUGCGGCAGUUCUGGAAUGCCUUCCUUUCUGGCGACCCAGAUCGAGCCCAAGAGCUUACAUACCACGUUGAGUCCCUGAAGCGGUCCAUGGAGAGAAUCGAGGCGUUGGCAGAGGAGGCUGAGGCGGUUCGCAUCCAGACUAUUGAGCAGAAGAAACAGGAUAUCGUUGCGUAUUACAACAAGACGAAGAAGAGAAUAAAGAACUGGCAUCCGAGGAUGGUCAAGGGCGGCAGGGAGUCCGUUCUAGCUCUCUUUGCACCGACCAUCGAGAGCCUUAGUCACGCGCAGAACUUAUAUAAGAAUGCCCUGAUGGCCGAGGGGGUGAGGGCUAGCACUGAGGGUUAGUGGGGCUGGAACGGAACCUCAUGAUGCCAUGUCGAUACACUAAGAGGUAGAGUGAUAAGGCAUCAGACUGUGGUCUCUUGUAUUAAAAUGUAACCAGGAUAAUUCGAGCUCAUAGAGCGUAUAGGUUUCUCCUUGUCUCGUGGCAACACCCGUGGAGGUCCAUAAUCUCAACAACAUUGGUCCUGGU